AUGUAUACUACGUUCAAAAACAAACUAUACCUGGGUUCCCUUCUGGCCUUGGGGGUCUGCACUGAGGUGAUGGGAGCUUCGGCUACAUCGGGCGUCUUCGGAGUCGACUUGAUCUUUCCACGCAAUGAGACGUAUGCGCCCUCCGAGGAGAUGCCCCUCGUGUUUGCCGUUCAGAACCCGCAUCUGGUUGCGCCACUCAAAGUGGAUGUUUCUUGGUUCAUUUCGCCCUACCGGGAUUAUGUGAACAUCACCGAGCCAAGCCAAUUUGAUUCGAACUCAAUCAGCUCGUCUGACAGCGACCCUUACUUCUUGUAUAACAAAACCGACGGGGCCAAUACUGAGGGAAUUUGGGAAGUCACCUGGUUCGUCAACUAUGGAUAUUGUGAGGGGACUAGCGGUGAACCUUUGUUCUACACGCAGAAUUCAACGACUUCUCAGGUUGUCUUCACCGUUAAGAAUGGCGCCGCGGAGCCUGACCUCACCGCCGCUACCAAAAAGGGAGCCUGUGGCACAGCUAGCGCAGCCUGGAACGUUACGGGGACUCUGGACGCAGAAGAAAGCGCCGACUGGGGCUCUGACAAAUGUGCGGUGAUUUCGAGAAAGUCACCAUGGGCUACCGUGGAUCCUUGUGCUGUCAAGUUAGAUGCUGCUACAGCUUCCAACAUCUCGGCUUCUUUGAAUAUCAGUACAGGUGGCAAAGGUUCUACAGAUGGGAAGGAUUCCGAUGAGAAGAAUCCAGCGGCAGACAAUGCGAGCGCAGUGCAUCUACCUGUGGGAGUGACAUCGCUGACAGCCCUUUUCGCCGGCCUCACUUACAUUCUUGCAUAA